UCCCAUUCCACAACAUCCCAGCACCACUUUUUCCCCAUGGGAAUUUUGGGAGAAAAAAAAUAAAAAUUGGAAAAAUCCCAAUCCCAGCUUCAACUGCGGGGCGGGAACAACCCCAAGUGAGGAAAUUCCCGUUGGGAAAAACCUCCCCCAGCUCCAGGUGUAAAUCCUUGGCUGAAGCUCAGCUUUUCCCACCGGGAAUUUUUUUUUUUUUUGGGAUCAUUCAGGACAGCUGUGAAUGAUUCUGCUGGGGUUUAAAAGGAGGAAGAACCCAAACCCCAAAAGUUCCUCCUCUUAUUUUGGUUUUGGUUUUGGGUUUUUUUGUCUUUUUUUUUGGUUUGUUUUUUUUUUUUUUUUUUUUUUUAAGGGGGUGUUACCGCCCUCUCUGCUUCCUCCUCGCUGCCCUUUGGGGUGAUCACGGAGGUUCCUUUUGGGGUGGGAAAGAAUUCCAUGGAUCCCGAGAUCCCGGAGGAGAUUUGGAGGGUCCUGGAAGAGGCUGAGGAUUACCUGGCCCAGGGAUUGCAGGAGGAGCCGCUCAGCUCCAGGGCCCGCGAGCAGCGGGAUUCGAUUCUCCAGGACUUCCAGCUCCUCAAAGCCAGGUACCACCUGGAAUUCCCAUCCCGAGGAGAGGAAGAACACGAAGGACGGGACGGCUCCCACGAAAAUCCCGGCUGGAAUUUCGGCUCUUCCCGAAGGAUUUCUGAGGCCUCGUUCCCAGCAGAAUUCCAGCACGAGGGCCUGGAGGAGAUCCCACGGCCCAUCCAGGAUUCCAGGAAUAUUCUGAAGCAAGGAUACCUGGAGAAAAGAUCUCGAGAGCCCAGCUUUUUCGGCUCCGAGUGGCACAAGCGCUGGUGCGUCCUCACCCAACGGAAUUUCCUCUAUUACACCAACGAGAAAAGCAAGCAGCCCAAAGGCUCCUUUCCCAUCGAGCACUACCAGGCCCAUCUGGAUUCCCAGCUCCGAAAAGAUUCCCGGAAAAAAAGCUGCUUCCAGCUGCUCUGUCCCGGAAAACGCUCCUAUGAGUUCACAGCUCCGAGCCCGGCCGAGGCCCAGGAUUGGGUGGAGCAGAUCCAGUUCCUCCUCAAGGAUCUGAGCUCCCUGACCAUUCCCUGUGACGAGGAUGAGGAGGACGAGGAGCUUUCCAAGGACCGGGACAGCUCCGAUUCCAUGAACAAUUCCCAAAAUUCCACCCUGAAUCUGGAAGAGCCAGAGCUGGAAGGCGACGACAUCUAUGAGGUGCUGCCAGAUGAGGAGAUGGAGCCACCAUUCCCAGAGGAUGAGGAGGAUUUCGGAAGCGGGGAGGAAAAUUCCGACGAGGAUUAUUCCUGUUAUUACCAGGGAUUGUGGGAUUGCCGCGGGGACAAUCCCGACGAGCUCUCCUUCCAGCGGGGUGACCUCAUCCGCAUCCUCAGCAAGGAGUACUCCGGGUAUGGUUGGUGGGUCGGGAAGCUCGGCCAGGAAAUCGGGAUCGUCCCAAAGGAAUUCCUGGCGCCUGCCUUCCACCUGGAUGAGUGACCGGGACAGGUGAGGGCUGUGGGGUCAGCUUUGGGGUGUGGGGUCAGCUUUGGGGUGUGGGGUGCAGAGUUUGGGGUGUGGGGUUUUGAGCCCGGGCUUUGGGUUUUGGGGUCGGGUUUUGGGCUU